AUGGGUGAUUACGAUUAUUUGAUCAAAUUUUUGGCUUUGGGUGAUUCUGGUGUUGGCAAAACAUCCUUUUUGCAUCGUUACACGGAUAAUACAUUUACUGGUCAAUUCAUAUCAACUGUUGGAAUUGAUUUCAAAGAAAAGAAAGUUGUUUAUAAAAGUGGUCGUGGUGGCUAUGGUGGAAGGGGACAACGUGUUUUAUUACAGUUAUGGGAUACAGCUGGACAAGAAAGGUUUCGUAGUCUUACGACAGCUUUUUUUCGUGAUGCAAUGGGUUUUAUACUUAUAUUUGAUAUUACAAACGAACAAUCAUUCCUAAAUAUUAGAGAUUGGUUAUCACAAUUAAAAAUUCAUGCAUAUUGUGAAACACCUGAUAUAAUUAUUUGUGGUAAUAAAUCAGAUUUGGAAAAUCGACGACAAGUUAGUACGGCAAGAGCUAAGCAAUUAGCUGAUCAAUUGGGUUUGCCAUAUUUUGAGACAAGCGCCUAUUCAUCAACAAAUGUCGAAAAAUCAGUAGAUUGUUUAUUGGAUUUAGUUAUGCAACGAAUUCAACAAUCCGUAAAGCAUACACGAAUGCCACUUGGUGAUAGUAAAGGUAUUAUUUUGGACGCUGAUACAACCUCUUCCUAUUGUUCCUACUGCUAA